AGCGCCAAAAGGGCAUUCAAUUGAUUAAAAAGAAAAAUCCUUAAAUUAGGGUUUCAAGUUUCAAUUUAUUGAUUGCUGUGUCUUUCACUCAGUUCUCGCAAUCUCUCACUUCCUCGUUGUUCAUCCUUCUAUGGUCUUCAGCUAAUCUCAUUCUCUGCUUCAAUGUCUCAGUGUAGUGAUAAGCUUGGUUGAUUGACAUUUGAUGAAGUGGGAGUGAUGCUUAUCCGGCUUGCAUAAGGGGAUUCUUCCUAUAUAUUUAUUAAAAAAUUGGAGGUUUCUCUGCAGUGACCUUUUGUUUUGAAGAUUUGACUUAAUUGCAGAAGACUUUCAUAUGUUGCAUUAGUUGGUUUUUAUAAGCCAAUAUAAUGCAUAUAAUAAUAUAUAUGAUUUUUUGAGAUUUGCUGUCAUCUAUUGUAGCUCUACAAAGGUUUAAAGCGAACAGAAUUGUAUUUGGUGAGGUUUAUAAAAAAUAGCUAAAACGGGUUCUCUGUGUUGUGUGGCUGCAAGGCCACAUGGGUCAAAUACAACCAGUGGGAACUGGUCCAUGGGUCAGCAUGAGCCCUACUGGCAAACUAAUACAAGCUUCUCACCACCCCCAUCAAGAUGGGAUUUUAGUUUCCCAUCUGAUGAGCUUCUGUAUGAUUCACGUGAUAUUACCCUACUUCAUAGGUCCUCAACAUCCUCAAACAGUAAAGAAAGUAGAUGGAUGAGGGACAACCAUCUUUAUAACAAUCACUGUUUUGCAUCUGGUGGUGCAGGCCUGCGUUUGACUAGUUCCCUGGAACUUUCUCCCGGUCCUCAGUGGACGCCUCCAGUCAUACAGGAAAUUAACACUGAUGAUUAUGAAACUGCAAAAAUGAGAGGUCAAGUGUUGCUGCAUUCCUCACCGACUAUAGCGGGACCUUCUGGACACCCAGAGAGUGGGAGAUCCACUCCAACCUUUUCAGACAGCAGUGAGGACGAGCCCACAUUCAAGUCAUGCCUAUCCUCUCGUUGCAACUUUUCAGGUCGCCAUUCCUUUUUAUCAAAACCCAUCCACCCUUUGUUCUUUCCCGUUCAAGCUCCAAAAGAAGCUUCUGAAACCCAAGCUUCUAGGCUGUCAGAGUUUGAUGCUGCUACUGUGCAAAGAGAUGCCCAUCAUUGGAGCAGUGCUAGCAGUAGUGCAGAUUCUUCAGAUAUUUCUGAACCACUUGAAUCUGAAAUUGUAGGUCGAUUAUGUAUUUCAUCUAAUGUUUUUAAAUGUGGAUUGUGUGAAAGAUUUCUUUCACAAAGAUCUCCUUGGAGUUCACGGCGGAUUGUGAGAAGUGGAGACAUGCCUGUUGCCGGGGUUCUUUCAUGUUGUCAUGUUUUUCAUGCAGAAUGUUUGGAGCAGACAACACCCAAAGCACAUAAGAAUGACCCUCCUUGCCCUCUCUGUGUCGGAUUGGAGGAUGAAAAUUCUGCGGUUCUGCAAGUAUUUCCCGGGUUGAGGGACCGGUUCCCAAAUUCUAAAACAUCUUCCGAGUAUGGACCAUCUGGACCAUGGGGCUGUGUAACGAUGGGAGAUUUUGUUGGAGGAACAUUACAUUCACCCCAUCGGAAUACCACAUUGCUGCUAAAUAGGAACCGAAUGAGAAAGAAUCUUUCUUUGAAGGGGAACUCUAGCAAGGAAUUUCCAGGAAAGCUAAGGAAGAAUGGUUCAUAUUCUUCACAGCUGCUGAAUGGAAAUGCUGUUGAUUUUGGAACGGUUGGGUGCUCGAAAAUGACAACAAAUCCAAGUAUGAAGAGAUUACACUAGUAUUAGUCCUCUUGUAGUUUGCUAAUUGUUUCGGUCUCACGUUAGCUGGGUAGAUACCUGGCAAUUGGCAAUGAGAAUGGACAUCUAGGUCAUUAUGUAUAGUUGAUGCCUGGCAAUUGCAUCGUGUGGAAUUUUUUUCGUUCA